AUGGCAGCAAUUUCUCCAAAGGUUUCUUCUGUAACGAGUUCUAUUUUCACUACUAAAGCAAAUCAAAUUGCUGCCACAUCUGCAAUUGUCAAAGCAUCAAUUGUUCCAACUGCUGACAUCUCACCGGUCAUUAACUCUCUUAAAGUAAUUCCAACUGUGCAUAAAUCUCAACAGAUGCCUAAUGGAAAUGGACCCGAUGGUUUUUUCCCACGACAUAAUCCUCCUGAAGCUUUUGAUACUUUCUUUUCGAGAGGUGCAGUUCGUGCCAGUUGGAUCGCAUUCUUCAUUAUGUUUAUAUUAUGGGCUUUUCUUUGGAUUAUGAAUAUGAUGCUUGAACCAGAAAAUCCGAGAAGAAGUGGCACUUUUUCGGAUCGUUCAGUAAAACGAGCCCACAAAGUAGCACGCGAUCUCCUAUUGGGGAUGCUCGCCGCAUUAGUAAUAAACUCUUUUGGACGCGGCACCGCAAUUCCAGGUCUGAUUCUCUUCUGGCUUUACCUCGGUUUGGCUGUCAUCUGGCUAGGCUCAGAAUUGAUGGGUGGCAAUAAAAUAGUUCGUAUAGCUAUGGCGCCGUUGGAAUCCCUUAUUUUGUUGGUGAUCUUUAUUUUGUCGUAUGCUGUUGGUUGGAGAUAUGUUAGUUCCGCCUAA